AUGGUACCGAACGCAACUUUGAGAACCACAAUGAGUACAUUCAACCAGAGCCUUGGUCUGAAUUCGACGAUUCUCGUACCAACGUAUAUGAGUCAAGAGGAGUUCUUGGCUUUGCAAAUGACGAAUGCUUCAGAUGCAAACACAACGCUAAAUGAUACAAAUUUCAGCCAAGUUGUAUUAAAAACUUGGUACCCUAGUGGAUAUUCUCCUGCUCAUAUAAUAAUUGCUUCAGUAGUCGUAACAGUUUUAAUGAUAAUGGUAGUGGUUGGCAACAUGUUGGUCAUAAUAGCGAUAGUUACUGAGAAAGCUCUGAAGAAUAUACAAAACUGGUUCAUUGCGUCGUUAGCAGUGUCAGACUUUUUCCUAGGCUUAGUGAUCAUGCCGUUCUCGUUGGCGAACGAGUUAAUGGGUUAUUGGAUUUUUGGAUUUUGGUGGUGUGAAAUACACUCUGCAAUGGACGUGUUGUUGUGUACGGCGUCGAUUAUGAACCUGUGCCUCAUAUCGCUGGACCGUUAUUGGAGCAUAACGCAGGUCAAUAGAGUUUCGUCUGGUCUUACAAAGCAAGUAGUCCACAUCCCGCGGGAACUUAAUAAUGCAGAUACAAUUCCUUACAAUAAUGAGAGGUUAAAACUUUAUACACUAACGUUUCUGGAACAAAUAAAU